UCCCAGCCUAGGUGGGGCCAGCCCUCCCUCCAGCAGCCCCCAGCCGGCCUCAUGUGGACACUGGCACUAGGUGGGAUCUUCCUGGCAGCCGUUGAGGCCUGUGUCUUCUGCCGCUUCCCAGACCGUGAGUUGUCGGGCCGCCUGGCUCGGCUCUGCAGCCAGAUGGAGGUCCAGUGGAAGGACUGUGAGGUCUCCUGGACAUUCUCGGCCUUUGCCUUAGAUGAUGCAUCCUUGAACAAAAUCACAGAGAAGACUCACAGAGUCCUGAGAGUCAUGGAGAUCAAAGGGUCUCUCUACUCACUCCCUUCAUAUUGGCAAUGGCUUCAAAAGACCAAGCUCCCCGAGUACAACAGAGAAGCUCUCUGCCCUCCCGCCUGCCGGGGCAGCACCAUCCUGUACAACUGUUCCACCUGCCAGGGUUUCGAGGUGUACUGUUGGCCCCGAAAGCGCUGCUUCCCAGGAAGUCACGAUCUUUGGGAAGCUCGGAUCCUGCUCCUCUUUGUGUGCGGAACUGCCCUGCUCCUGGGUGUUCCGAGCCUCGCGGUGGAGUACAACCACUUCCAAGCAAAAAGUUGA